CGCAGGCUGGAAUUGGGGGCUUGCUGCUUGCACUGUGGUCACUCUGCAGACAGUAGCUUCACGUUAGCUUUCAUCCUACUCUGUAGUAUGGGGCCGGCGUGGCGAACUCUGGAACUGUUCUACGACGUUCUGUCCCCGUACUCCUGGCUGGGCUUUGAGGUCCUAUGCAGGUACCAACACCUCUGGAACAUCAAGCUGCAGCUGCGUCCUGCUCUCAUUGCUGGGAUCAUGAACGACAGCGGAAACAAACCACCAGCUACGGUUCCCCCAAAAGGCCAAUACAUAAACAAAGAGAUGCCUCUCCUGGGGCAACACUUCCAGGUUCCCAUCAACAUACCCAAGGACUUCUUCGGUGUGAUUCUUAAGAAAGGAAGUCUCAAUGCCAUGCGCUUCCUCACCGCUGUGAGCAUGGAGCAACCAGAGGUGCUGGAGAAGGUGUCCAGAGAGCUGUGGAUGCGUAUUUGAUCUCGAGAUGAAGAC